CACAUUACGCUACCGUACAAGCGAUGUCUGAGGCAGAGGAAUAUGCAUAUAUGGAUACAAUUAUUAUAGUGUGUUAACAAUGGUGGCGAAAACUGAUCUGGAGGGCGGGAAGGUGAAGGAGGAGAUUCCCCAUGAUCACCUCUUUAAAGUGACCGGAUUGUCCUCGACGAAUUUGGAGAAGAUGGCUCAAGAACCACCAUGUGAUUUAUCAGCACCUUCCGACUUCGAAGAGGCAAUAGCAGCGACCAGCUACGGCUGGUUCCACGUGUUCCUCAUGCUGUGCACCUUCCCGGCGUUCUGGAGCUCAGUGUCUGUGACCAGCGCGGCGUCCUACAUCUUCACAAGGGCCCAGUGCGAUAUGGGGCUGAAGCUACUGGACAUGGGCACGGUUAACGCCAUCACGUAUGGAGGUAUGAUAGCAUCAGCGAUGCUCUGGGGCUUCCUGUCCGACACCCUGGGCCGGCGCAAGAUCCUCGUGUGGGGGUUCAUAUGUUCUGGCAUCGUGGAGAUGUUGGCAGCCAUGAGCCAGAACUUCACCAUGCUUUUGAUUACACGCUUCGCUAGCGGGUUUCUGUUCAACGGCCCGUUCGCAGUGCUAAUCUCCUACCUCGCUGAGCUGCACCGCACGGAACUGCGCGCGCGCGUGAUCCUCCUGACCAGCUUGUUCUACACCAUCGCGAACACCACGCUGCCGCUGCUGGCGUGGGGCAUACUCACGCACGACUGGGACUUCGUGCUGUUUGGGGGUGCUAUUGAAAUCCACGUGUGGAACCUAUUCCUCCUGGCUGCAGCCCUCGUGCCCCUAUUCACUGGACUGGCCUUCUUCUUCCUCCCUGAGAGUCCCAAGUUCCUGAUGUCCAGGGGCAGGAAUGAGGAGGCACUCGCCAUUUUUAAGAAGAUCUAUGUGUUGAACACGGGGAAAUCCGCUGAUAGCUAUCCUGUGAAGGUUCUAGUCGAAGAGAAGAGCGAACAGCAAGCGAAGGGCUUUGCCGCCCUAAAAGCUGGCAGCGACCAAAUGGCGCCCUUAUUUAGGGCCCCGUAUGGCGCCUACUUGCUGCUCAUUUGUGCUACUCACGCCGGAUGCAUGUUUGGUUCCAACACGCUCCGCCUCUGGUACCCCCAACUAGCCGCCAUGAUAGGCGCUGGCGGCACAUCGGGGCUCUGCGCGGCGCUGGUGCCGGGCCCCGCGAGCCCCGAGGACCCCGGCGAGUGCCAGCCGAUACAGACAGACAUGCUCACGUACUUGCAGAGCGCGGUGGUGGGGGCCGGCUCCGUGCUCACGUAUAGCAUUGGCAGCGUGUUGAUAAAUCGUUGCGGCAAGAAGCUAGUAGCCGCGAUAUGCGGGCUGCUCAGCGCCGCUGUGAUAGUGAGUCUGCCAUUCCUGGGCGGCAGCGCGGGCGCGGUGGUGGCGCUGGUGACGUCGGCGCUUGCGCUCACCUCGCUGUGCGGCGCCUCGCUGUCCAGUAUUACUGUGGAUCUGUUCCCCACGUCGCUCAGGGUAAUGGCGAUGGCUACAUUCCUCAUGUGUGGAAGGUUGGGCACCAUAUCAGGGACGGUCGCGUUUCCGGCGCUUAUAGACUACGGCUGCUUACCGCCGUUCUUCACAAUAUCUGCCGUUUUAACAGGUGAAUAUUUAAUACAGCGCCAUCUGUCAGAGCUUUAUAUAACCUUUAGGGAAUUUGAAAUUUUAUCUGGGUACUGAGAACCAAUGUAGCUCUGACAAUUUUUUUCAAUGUGAACAAGUUUUCAAAUCCAUCGCUAGAUGGCACUUCGACGUGACUAUGUGAAAUUUUCGUUCUAAUUUCAUAAUUAUUCUGACCGAUAUGAUAGUAGAAGCUAAGCAAAAAAAAAAAUACUUUUUUAAUGAAAAUUGAAAAGAUGAUUUUUAUUUUUAGACUUUUUCUUUUUGACUAGCUUUCCGCACAAGACUUUGCCCGCACUUUGUCUUAAACCUAACAAAUUAUAUACUAAAAAAUACCUCUUGAAUCACCCUAUCUUUUAAAGCCCUUCAUAAUCGGUUGCGAACCUAAUUUUAAAGAUCUAAUCACACAUACUAUAUAUACCAUACUAUCUAAGCAUAUAUACACAGACUGCAGAAAUCGAUUUUUUUAACUAUAAGGUGAUAUAGGCCUUUCUAUCACUAUAAUAUGCAUAGGUUAUGUAUACC